AUGCGCGUCCGUCGCGCGAUCGCGCUUCUCCUCGCGCUUCUCCUCGCGACCGCCGGCGCCGUCGUCGCCGAGGAGGCGGCGCCGCCGCGAUGCCGAGGCCCCGGCGUCGAGCUCGCCGUCGGCGUCGGAUGCGACGUGAGCGGGUUCUUCGCGGAGGCGCUCGGCCUGCACGCCGCGCUCGCGUCCGCGAAUCGCUGCGUGCGCACGCCGACGCUGAGCGCGUGCGCGGAGAAGAUGAAGCGCGUGCUGACGCCGACGGAGCUCGCGAUCGCGCGAACCGCGGGCGCGUUUCAGGACGGCCGCGACGCCGCGGACGUCGUCGUGCGCUGGCACCUCGGCGAGGAUUGGGAGUGCCCGUGGAACGCGACGAGCGUCCGCGACGCGCGCGACGCGGGAACCGUCGCGGUGUUGCGGUCGAUGACGGAGAAGACCAUCUUGAGCGCGACGCAGCUCGCGUGCGCGGCGACGGCGAGCGAGGUCUGGGUCCCGAGCGAAUGGCACGCGGCGGCGUAUCGCGUCGCCGGCGUAUCGCGCGAAUCGAUUCGCGUCGCCCCGGAAGUCGUGGACGACGACGUCUUCAAACCCAAGCCGCCGCGCGCGGAAGAACUAUUAGGGAGGACGGCGAAUGAGAAGAAGAAGAGGAAGAAGAAGAAGGGGACGAGCCCGACGACGACGACGUUUCUGGCCGUGUUCCAGUGGCAGCACAGGAAGGCGCCGGACGCGUUGCUCAAGGCGUAUUGGAAGGCGUUCGACGCGUCCGACGCCGACGUCGUGUUAAAACUCCGCGCCAAGGUCCCGAUAUGGGCGAACAACGGAUUCACGACCGCAGACGCCGGCGUGGAGCACCUCGCGAAGACGCUCGCGGGCAAACCCCGUCGCAAACUCGCGCGCGUGGAGGUCAUCGAGCCGCCGCGCGGCGCGACGGAGCUGACGCAGGCGCGUUCCAUCUCGCGCCGGUCCCGAACGCGGCUUUUUCUAUACACUGGUCCCCAUACGACCGCGUUCGCGCGGUGCACGCCGUUCCUCGAGGACUUUGCCCGGCGGUCGUCUCUCUCCGCGCGACCCCCGGUUGGUUUCAAUCCCCGCCCUCGACGCCUUUCGAUUCCAUCUGACGCCUUUCAACUCCACCCCGACGUUCGCCGCGAACGGAACGACCCUCACCAGUCGGCGAUGGCGACGCUCUUCGCCGACGCCGCCGCGUUCGUGUCCCCGUCCCGAGGCGAGGGCUGGUGCCUACCGUGCGCCGCCGCGAUGGCGUCGGACGCGGUGUUAAUCGCGAGCGACUUUGGCGGCGUCACGGCGUACGCGAACGCGUCGAACGCGCUCCCGACGCGAUGCGUCGAGGACGCGAGCGGCGCGUGCGAGCCGGACGUCGACGGUCUCGCGUGGCGCAUGCGGUGGGUGCGAGAGCGCAGAGCGGAGGCGGCGGCGUUGGGGAGGAAAGGCGGGGAGAGCGUGCGCGAGAGGUUUAGCAAGGCGUCGGUGGCGGAGGUGUGGGGGAGGGAGGCUGGGAAGGCGGUGGACGCGCUGAGGGUAGGGCGUUCGCGAGCGUAG